AUGUAAAUCGAUUACGCAUUUUUAGAAACUUUAAAGAAAGGAAUUGAAGUUGAUUUAUAAAAGACUCUUUAUAUGAGAGAUUAAUCAACUCCAUGCCAAAAUCUCUCUUUAAAUAAAUAUGUAAAAACUAAAUCAGACAUUACAAAUAAAAAUUAGUAUUAAAAAAUGCUUUAAGAUAAUUUCAUCCAUAUCUUCAUGAAAACUUAGCAUCUAAAUUAAUAUAUGAAUCAUAAACUUAUGGACUAUUUAUAUCUAUAAAUUAAUCCCAAAUCAUGA